AUGGGCGACCUGAAGCCAGACGCGAGUGCGCCGACGCUGCGUGAUGGUGCGACGCCUGAGGAGGGGCGGAGCGCGUCUCCCAAAAAGAACGGCCGCGCGUCUACGACGCCCCAGCUCGUGCUGGACAUGCCCUUGGCCGAGGCGGAGGCACUCGCGACGUUCGAAGAGAUCCCUGACCCUGUGUACCAGACGUCUCGCAUGGGGCGUACGCGCGGGCAGGACGACCCCAUGUGUGAUUGCUCGCCCGAAUACGGCCCGUCGAUGGCCUGUACGGACGAGUCGGGGUGCAUUAACCGUCUCACACAGGUCGAGUGUCUCCCUGGCGUGUGCCGCUGCGGCGACCAAUGUGCGAACCAGCGGUUCCAAAAGCACCAGUAUGCGCUUGUGGACAUUGUGAAGACGCCCUCCAAGGGCUUUGGCCUGCGCGCCAGGGCGCCGCUCGCCAAGGACGACUUUGUGUAUGAGUACAUUGGCGAGGUCAUUAACCACGAUACGUUCCUGCGCCGCAUGGCCCAGUACAAGAACGAGAACAUCGUGCACUUUUACUUUAUGAUGCUGCAGCGCGAUGAGUAUAUCGAUGCGACCAAGCGGGGCGGGCGCGGACGCCUCAUUAACCACAGCUGCAACCCGAACUGCUACGUGAGCAAGUGGCAUGUCGGCCGGCACGUCCGCAUGGGCAUCUUUGCAAAGCGCGCCAUCCUCGCGGGCGAGGAGCUGACGUUUAACUACAAUGCCGACCGUUACGGCAACGACCCCCAGCCCUGCUACUGCGGCGAGCCCAACUGUGUUGGCACGAUCGGCGGGCGCACACAGACCGAUGUCGUGACGAUGGACGAGCGCUUUAUUGCUGCGCUCGACAUUGCAGACCAGGUCGCUGAGCUGCGCGCAUCGCUGCCGCGCAACAAGCGCCACAAGAUUCUCGACGAUGACUUCCACCCGACGCUGCACGCCAUCGACUCGGUCGACGACUGCGCACGAGUCAUGACGGCCGUGCGCGACGCCACGACCAACCGCAAGAUGAUCCACAUGCUGCUCACGCGCAUUCAGAUGACCGACAGUGUGCCCGUGCUCAAGACGCUCGUGAAGCUGCAUGGCUUCGUCGUCAUGGCCGGCCUCCUCGACGAGUGGUCCGACGACGCAGAGCUUGUACACCUCGUUCUCGCAUGCCUGGCGCAGUGGCCCCUGCUCGCACGCGACAAGGUCGUUGAUUCAGGCGUGGAAACCCAGGUGCAUGCGAUGGCCGAGGGCAAGGCCGGGCCGAACCAGGCGCUGGCCCAGUCCCUGCUCGACCGCUGGGCCGAGCUUCCGUCGACGUUCCGCAUCGCACGCCGCGACCAUGACGUGUCGGAGGACGACAUCGAUCUCGCGGCGCUGCGGCGCGCCGCCACCAACGACGCAGCGGCGAGGACCGACGAGCCAGAGCCUAGCGACGACUUGCGCCGCUCGCUCGUGGCGUACCGCGAGAAAGACAGCGCCGCGCCGGUGCCCGCCCCGGAGCCGCGCGCCCGCCCCGCCGACGAGAAAAAGAACCCUGCCAAGCCACGCCCCAGCCUCUCUGUGGAAGAUAUCAUCCGGCAGGCAAAUGCAGAGAACGAAGCGCAGCAGCGCGCACGCGAGGAGGCGGAGGCGGAGGCCAAGCGCGCCGAAGAGGCACGCGCGGAAGAGGCGCGGCGCGCGGCGACACGCGCCUCCAAGAAGCAUCGCGCCGAGGCGGGCGAUGCGCGGACGGGCCGCGCCGAGAAGCGCGCCAAGUCCGCGCCGGUGGAUUUGGGUGCCGUGGAGCGGCAACUUGCCAAGCUCGUGAGUGCGUUGGUGGUGAAGCAGCUAUCCAAGGUGCGCGACGAGCUGGACCGCGACCGGUUUAAGAAAUAUGCCAAGGACUUAACGAAUGUAUUGUGCGACAAGGAAAAGCGCAACCCCAAGGCGUGGCCACCGCGCCUGGCCAACGGCGAAGUAGGCCUCGAGGAACUGAGCGACGAGAAGCGCAGAAAAAUGAAAAUGUUUGCGCACGAGUACAUCAAGAAACUCGUGCGCCACCGACGCAGGACACGUCCCUGA